ACAGUAAACAAUUCAGUGUUUGCCGAGGCCUCGUGGCAGUCGGGAAGUGAUUUCUGAGUGUCCGAUCGGUGUGUUUUUUUUUUUGUACGCGCGUUCAUAAUAUUAUUACAUAAAACAUUACAGAAAUCAUAUAAAAAAACUAUUGAGUCUCCAAGAGUUUCGUAUAAUAUUUGUUUGUGUUUGAAACAUAGAUUGUCACACGAGCCGCUGUAAAGGACAGGAGAGCCCACUACACAUAUAGAAUCGUACAUCUAUAUAAAGAGAGAGAGACAGUUCGAGUUUAUUGGCAUUAUCACUUAGCGAACCUGAAACCACGGGUCGCUUAUACGCUGGAUUUACAAACGGUUUUAUUCGGUUCGCAUGCAACAAUACCCCAUGACUUCGGUACAAGCUUCUUCGAUAACGGCUUGGAAGCCAUCCGCAGUGGACGUGACGGCUAGCUGUAGGCUAACGAGUAGCAUUGCCACCACUACAACCUCCCCUUCCGCACCAGCUGAACCUAUCAGUAUUUGGAAACCAGAAAGCCGGGAGCACGCAAUGAAAACUAAUGUACUGCGAAUGAGUAGAGCCGAAACGGAAUAUCAGGAGUCCAGUAGACAUGGGACUUCGGUGUCAGUGGAAACGAAUCCUCUGUCGGCAUCGGCGGAUAAGAACGGUUCGGCUAGUGGAGAAGAGCAUCAACAUCAAUCUCAAAAAUUGCCUGCUGUCAUAGUGAAUGAACACGAGGACCAAAAGCCCAAGCCAUCUCCCACGCCAACCACAGCAGCUGUGCCCACGACUACUUGCCCCCGACCAAUAUGUCCGAAUUUGCCUUUUUCACCGGCUUGUUCGCCGAGAUUCGGUCGACGACGGCCACCGUUGCGCGAAUGCGGCACGUCGGUGAACGUGCAGAGCUUAGACGACCCCAACACAUUCCAAAAGCUCAACCAGUACAAGUUGAUCGAUUCUAUCGGACAGGGAUCCUACGGGCUCGUCAAAUUGGCAUACAACGAACAAGACGACAAACAUUAUGCCAUGAAAAUAAUGUCUAAAAAGAAACUAAUGAAAAAGGCAGGCUGCUUCGGCAGAAUGAACGCCCGGCGCAAAGGGACCAACCCAUUAGAUAAGGUAUACAGGGAAAUCGCUUUGUUGAAAAAGCUCGACCAUCCUAAUGUAGUGAAACUAGUCGAAGUCCUCGAGGAUCCGGACGAAGAUCAUCUCUAUUUAGUUUUCGAAUUAUUAGAACGUGGAGAAGUGAUGCAAGUUCCUGGAGAUCCGCCCAUGGCCGAGUCCAAAGCCAGGUCUUACUUCAGAGACAUACUCGUGGGUCUCGAGUACUUGCACUUCCAGCGAAUCGUGCACAGGGACAUCAAGCCGUCCAACUUGUUGAUUGGCGCCAACGGACGAGUGAAAAUUGCCGACCUGGGCGUGUGUAACGAAUUCGACGGCACAAACGACUUGCUAAGCUCCAGCGCGGGCACGCCGGCGUUUACAGCGCCCGAAGUGCUUGACCUGUCCACGACGUCGUACAGCGGUAAAGCGCUCGACAUGUGGGCGCUCGGCUGCACGCUGUACGCGUUCGUGUAUGGACGGUUACCGUACGACGCCGACUCCGUGCUGGCCGUGCACGAGCAGAUCCGCACUCAGCCUGUGCAAUGGCCCGUCGAGCCGGAAACGUCGCCCCAACUGGUGCACUUGCUGCACCGGCUGUUGGACAAGAACCCCGACACCAGAAUCACGCUGCCGGCCGUCAAGCAGCACGACUGGGUGACCAAGAACGGUACCGAACCGCUGCCCACCGAGCAGGACAACUGUCAGCUGGUCGAGGUCAGCGAGGAGGAAAUGAUGAACGUCGUCAAGUCCAUACCCAAACUCAACACGCUGAUACUCAUCAAGGCCAUGCUGAAGAACCAUUCGUUCCUCAAUCCGUUUGCGGCCGACGAAACAAAACGCAAACUUCAAUCGUCUCACAGAUCACACUCGGCGCCAGGAGCCUGCACUUGGUUUGGAUCAAGGUCUUUAUCAGCAGAAACAGCGACUCUUCAGCCGGUUAUAGAAAAUUCGGCCAACGAAAAAUGACCAUAUCUUAAAUGUAUACAUUACCAAUUUAUAAUUAAAUUAUUAAUUUAGAUGUUAUUGUACUAAGCUAUUUAUAUAAUUGAUAUGCCUAUUGUUAUAUAGCCCAUGGUCAAACGGUUUAUAUUAUAUCGUAAGUACUUAAUAUAAAAACUUUGAAUAGUUUAUCAAUCAUAUAUAACAGUGUAUUUCAAUGUGAUUCAUGUUUUUUUAUAUCUUCGGAAGAUACUACUUGUGAACU